AUGUAUGAGUGUCACGAUGCCUCAACAAGUGGACAUCGCAGUAGAGAAAAGACGUAUCUCAUGGUGAGUCGUGACUUCUACUGGCCCCGCCAGGACGAGUUUGUGCGCAAAUACAUUCGCUCUUGCGAAGUUUGCCAACAAGUGAAGCCUAUUCCUUCGUCCCGCGCAGCCUUGCAGCCUCUACCGGUUCCGGCAGAGUGUUGGCAGUCCGUAUCGAUGGACUUCAUCUUCGGGUUUCCCAAAGACGCUCACACGAAUACUGGUAUUUUUGUGUUUGUUCAUCGGUUCAGCAAGAUGGUACAUCUUGUUGCUGUACCGGAGUCAAUCACAGCCCAUGGCGUGCUCGUGUCUUCAUCGAUCCUAUCUUCCGACUUCACGGGUUACCCCGUGAACUCGUGCCUGAUAGGAACCCCCGCUUCACAGCGGAUUUCUGGCAAUCCGUGUUCCGUUCACUUGGAACUCGUUUGA